UAUGGAGGUUUUUAAUCAGAUGGUGCUGGCAGGGGUGUCAGUAGCAGGUUGAGGUAUCGAUACAUUUGAGAUUUACGAGGUCGUGGAAUGGCCACGCUCGCCACUCGCGCAAUUUCUGUUUAUCCAUCAUCAGCGGCGAUUUCAAUUUCAACUAAAAAGCACACCACGGAUAAACAAGCGAAGAUGCCAGUGCAUGCGUGGACGGCGCACCGAUUAAAGUAGCGUUCGCCGUCGUUGUUCGCGUUCAGUCGUCGGCGUCUUUCGAAUGCGCGGUGGACUGGCGCCCAUCUGGACAUCGCUGGACUUCACGCGUAAUUGGAUAGUCAUCGCCUUUUUUUUAAAUAGAAGAUAAUUAUUUAUACACCCGUCGACGUCCCGACUGCAAUAAUAAGUUAACAAUGGCGAAGACACUCGUCUCGGUGUGCAUCUUCUGCUUCCUCUGCGCAACACAUUCGCCGUGCGCAUCGCACGCGGUUGCCACCGAUGGAGCUACGCCAGUUUAUGACAAUCGGAUACCAUUCAAAGAAGCGAAGGCGCUCGCCGAAGCCUCACACAAGAACAACACGAAUCACACCAGUGACGAGCCGACGAUUACACAACUCUUUCGAUUGUAUGGCGACGGGGAGAAUAUCAGCGUCGAGGGUUUUCAGCGCAUCAUUCAGCGGCUGGAUCUUACCAAAGAACUGACGCAUAAAAUCGACGAGUAUAAACAUUCACAUAAACAUGAACAUGAACAUAAUCAUAAUGAUGGUGUCGCCUCUUGUAAAAGUCGUCAUGAGCUAUACGAUAACGUGAAGCAUGCGUUAUCGCUGAAUAGUAAUAAUGACAGCAAUGUUUUUAUGGAGUCUUGUGAUGCGUUGUUAUCCGCAGCCAUGAUUGGUAGGUGUACGCUGACUGAUGAAGAUGCGGAUUCCAACGAAAUGAGGUCUUUCGAUGGUUAUGCGUGGAUGUAUUCAUUACUAGCGAUUAUUAUCAUAAGUGCGUGUGGUAUUUUUGGCCUGCUGGUGAUACCAGUGAUGCAGAAACGUUUCUAUCAGCCAUUGCUGCAGUUUCUUGUUGCGUUGGCUGUAGGGACACUUGCCGGUGAUGCACUUUUGCAUCUGCUCCCGCAUGCGAUGAUGUCCAGUGAUCAUCAUGCAGGUGGUGAGGAACAUCAUCAUCAGCAUGAUGAAAAUAUGUGGAAGGGUGUGGUCGCCAUGUUGGGAUUAAUACUCUUCUUUUUUGUCGAACGGUUGAUUAUGCUCGUCGCCAAAUGGCGGAAGCGUAAGCAACAGCUAGAAAAACAACCCACAAGACUGAAGGUUAUCAAACCAGAAACGAGCACGCAGUUGACGAACGCCACGGAUAAGCAAUGCAUACACAAGUACAGCUCGUUCCCGUAUUGCUACGAUGAAAUUCGUAAAAUUGACGAUUCGGCGAAUGUUAAGCAUCCGCUGCGUUUGGACGAUAUUUCCAGCUUCGCCGAGACUGACUUUGAGCGUAAUCAGAAUCAUACUGAGUGUCCGGAUGAGGCUAGUAAAGCGAAUUGUACCGAGGUGAAUAAGAUGCUGCCGCUGGAGCAUAAAGCGGAGAGUAAAGACGAUACAGACAGUGUGGAAUAUACUGUUAUUCUGCGUGAACAUGAGAGUCGCCAUCAUGGGCAUUCGCAUACGCACGGACACGUGCAUGCACCACCAAAGAGUAUGAGUUCCGUGGCGUGGAUGGUCAUCAUGGGCGACGGAUUGCAUAACUUCACCGAUGGAAUGGCGAUUGGCGCUGCGUUUGCAAGCAGUACAGCCGGUGGAUUCUCGACGGCUGUUGCUGUGUUCUGUCAUGAACUUCCGCACGAAUUGGGCGAUUUCGCUAUGUUGCUCAAGGCGGGCAUGUCGAUGAAGCAGGCACUCUACUAUAAUCUACUCUCGAGUGUCCUGUGUCUGUUUGGGAGUAUCUUUGGCCUCUGGUUGGGUAAUACCGAAACGGCGAGCUCGUGGAUCUUCGCAGCGGCGGCCGGCAUGUUUCUCUACAUCGCCCUGGUGGACAUGAUUCCGGAGUUGAGCUCCGGACACGAGGACGAGGGUAAUUUCGUGCAGUGCGGGCUGCAUCUGCUCGGUCUGCUGUUGGGCUUUGGUAUAAUGGCAUUGAUUGCCAUGUAUGAGCACGACCUGAAAAGUAUUUUUCACGAGACUUAAGCCGACUUAUUUUUUUACGACUUAUUUUAGUUACGGUUUUCUCUUUUUUGCUUCGUUUUUCGCUAGCGUAAGUUUGUUUUCUUUUUCAAACUCCAAGGAUUUUCAUGCGAGUGUAUUAUAUAGGUAUACUAAUGGCGUGCCAAACAUGUCUAAAAACUAACUAAUGAACAGUGUAAAUUAGCUUUUAAGAUGCGAUUCACACUCUGGACUCUUCUUGAUUGUACACAUUCUCAUGUUAUGCACGAUUUUGCAGUGAGGAGAUAGACGCAGACGCAGGACGGAAUUGAAUGAAUGCAAACGCGAAUCACUCAAACUAGUUGAUACAAAUAUCGAUAUGUGAUCAUUGACGGCUAUUGUCUUAUCAUGUGUAAUUUUGAUAAAUUUACAUUAGAUUCACACUUAAUGCGCACCAACAGAUUCAUCUGUAUCAUGUAUCAUGUAUCAUUAUCAAGUUGCAUUGGUAUAUCCGCUGCGUGGCUGCGAUUGUUUUCGGAACAAUAUUCGUUUGCGCUUCAAUACUUAGUACGGUUUUAAACGCAGGCGCAGAGAUCACGAACUUGUCGAGUAUUAUAUUUUUAUAUGCGUGAUAUUUGUACUAGAAUAAGGUUUUUUGUUAGUGGAAAACGAGGAACGCAGCUAAUAGAAUUUUUUUUCAUUUU